AUGCUAACCAACUGCCAGAUAAACAACUUCAAGCUGAACCGGCAGAUCGGUUCCGGCGCGUACGGGCUGGUGUUCCACGCGGUGGACGUAAUCACGGAAAACGAGUACGCGAUCAAGGCCGUGGUCAAGAACCCGGCGGCAGGCGCGACGCCCGAGAUCAAGCGCAGCACGAUGCUGCAGACGCAGCUGUACUACUACUUCAAGUCGUUCCAGAAUCGGCUGUUCCUGCCCUCGAUCGACCUGGACUCGAUCCGCGGGCUGUCGGAGGAGCAGCUGGAGCGCGCACCACACUUCCGGGAGAUCGCGAUGCAGCUGCGCGUGCACGCGCACCCCAACGUGGUGACGGUGCACCAGGUACUGGAGUCGCCGCUGGCGACAUUCCUGGUGAUGGACUACUACUCGCGCGACCUGUUCACGUCGAUUGUGGAUGACCAGCACUUCGCGGGCUCCGGCCAGCUGGUCAAGAAGGUGUUCUUGCAGCUGUGCUCGGUGCUGCAGCACUGCCACGCGCGCGGCGUGUACCACUGCGACAUCAAGCCCGAGAACAUCUUGCUGGACGCAGAGGACAACGCGUUACUUUGCGACUUCGGGCUCAGUACGCUCGCGGAGCGGCUUCCAGCCAACGCGUGCGUGGGGUCCAGCUACUACAUGGCGCCCGAGCGCAUCUCGUGUCCCUCGAGCGUGCAAGCCGCGGGCGCGGCGGACGACGCGGGCGCGGCCAGCGCGCCCGCGCUGUUCCCCACCAUGGCCGGCGAUGUGUGGUCGCUGGGUGUGAUCCUGAUCAACCUGACCUGCAUCCGCAACCCGUGGCUCAAGGCGCACCAGCUGGAGGACAACACGUUCGGCUACUUCGUGCGGGACCCACACGUGCUUUUCAAGAUUCUGCCGGUCUCACAGCAGCUCUUCGACAUCCUGAUGGACAUCCUGCGAUUGAACCCGGCCGAGCGGGCGCCGCUGUCUGAGAUCAUGGACCGCGUCGCGGACUGCACGUCCUUCACUACUUCAGGCCCCCUGUCCAAGGUCGAGCCGCUUAGUCAGUACGAAAGGCAGCAGUUUCUUAUCACCCAGAAAGGGCUUAGCAUUCGCCAAAUGCUCCACCACUUUCACACCGACGACGAGUCCUACAAGCACGUCUCCCCCGAGGAGGACGAGACCGAGUUCACCAGCGAGGACGAGUGCUACCGUCAACUUUCCUCAGUGGAUACCACACCUACCGGAUCAGUCGAUGUAGACCAGACCAGCAGGGCGAAGCGCAGCAACGACGCUGUGCUGCCGAGCGAAUUUAAGGUGAGGUAUCUCACCACCAACAUGUCCACCAUCACCAACUACUCAUCGCAUAGCAGAUGGCUGCCGCAAUACUAG